AUGAAUUUCUUCCGAACCGUCUUCUCCGACGACCUAACGCCGCCGGCCUCCCCAACGUCGGCUUCCGAGCCUGAAACUGCAGCUUCCGAUUCCAACUCGGAUCCGGAAUCCAAUCCGCCGCCCCCAACCACCACCACCGCCAAUCUCGAUCCAUGGACCUUCGGCCUCAUGAUCCGAAAGCUAGCCACCAAAUCCGAGUCCGUCAUCGAGACCUACCGGCGCGACCUGGAGGAGCUCGGAUCGGGCUUGAAGAAAGAGACCGCCGCGAUCCGAGACGUCGCCUCUCGCGCCGUCAAGGACCUCCCGGCUUCCCUGGAAGCUAGCGCAUCCGCCGCUCAGGAAUCGCUCGAGACCGUCGGCCAGGCGAUCGACGACAUCGGCGCAACCGUGUGGAAAUCCACGGCCCAGAUCAUCUCCCACGGUAGAGAUCUCUCUAACGCUUCUUCCCCUGAUUAUAACGAUCAUGAUUCCGAUUCCUCUAAUAACGGCGGCGGGGGGCGGGGAUCGUCUCUGCCGCUCAAACCCUAUAGUAGAUACGAUGCACAAUUGCUUGCUCUGCAGAGCAACUUGAAUACCUACUGUAGAGAACCGGAGGAUAAGGAGGGGUAUGAUGGUUGGAGAUUAGGGUUGCGGAGCUCCGUUGUGGAGGAGAAAAGGGACGAGAUUGAGAAACUUCUGACUGAGAAUGAAGUUGUUAGGGAGAUUUAUGAUGAGGUUAUGCCUAGUAAGGUGAACAUUGAGACGUUCUGGAGCAGGUAUUUCUACAGAGCGCAAAAGCUGAAGGAAGCAGAGGAGGCUAGAGCUAAGAUUGUUAAGCGGGUGAUAUCUGUGGAAGAAGAGGAUUUAAGUUGGGAUUUCGACGAUGAUGUAGAAGAUAAUGAUACUGCUGCUGAUAUUGAUGAUCAAAGAAAGGGCUCUCAGUCUCAGCUGAAUGAUAGAGGUGGUACUGAUGUAGAGCAAACAGAGAACUUUCAGAAAGGUGGGAAUGAAGAUGUUAGUGAAGGGACUAAGUUUGGGGGUGGAUUCGGGGACGAUCAAUACAGCGAUACGAAGGUGGAGAAGGCGGAUGGCAAUAAUGGCGGUGGUGGAGAGUCCUGCAAGGACAGUGAUGUUUCAGUUGUGUCGAGCCAGCAGUCUUUUGUACCGGAGGUUGAGGAUUUGGGUUGGGAUGAGAUUGAAGAUAUUGGAAGCAAUGAUGAGAAGGCUGCAGGGGCCGGGAAUGCAGCAGCCACAAGUCGAGUUGAUUUGAGGAAGCGGUUGGGUUCUGCCGAUGAAGAGGAGGAUCUGAGCUGGGAUAUUGAAGAUGAAGAUGAGGAAUCUGUCAAGCAUUGA